AUGGUGAAAGAUAGGAACCUUCUGGGCUCAGAUGUUUCAGUACGGGGAAUUACAGCUGAUUGUGACCUAAAUGCACACGAAGUCAAUUCUUCCACUGGCGCCCGUAUCAAGUAUCUGCGUAUCGACUAUAUCGGCAGUGGCAAUCCGACGAACAUUGGAAUGGGGUUCGAUAACUUCAGGGCCUUCGGUUGCACCAAAGACGCAAAAUUAGUCAAUGCAUUCACUACAGGCUUUUAAGGAUGAUAAACGAAAACAUAUUUUGAAGGUUGUACGAAUAGCCUAACCAGAUUUUGCACCCAUAUAUUACCAGUGCACGAUAUCUUACGAGCGUA